GGCUGGCCGCUGCCUGUGCCGCACGCCGGGCACCGCUGGCCCCGAGCCAUGGAGCGCUGGGUUUACGGCUCGCUCUGGCUCGUCUUCGCGGGCAGCCUCCUCCUGCGACUCUCCCGCUCCCAGCUGCUCCUGACUCGGGCCCUGCUGCACCUGGGGCUGCUGGUGCUGCUGCAGUACCUGUGCCAGGCGUGCCUGCCUCUGCCGCUCGGCGCCGCCCUCACCGCCGCCGGCUGCUUGGCCCUGGGGCGCGGGGCCCAGGGGCGAAGGCUCCCCGUGGUGGGGAAAGCCGUCUUCAUCACAGGGUGCGAUUCCGGGUUUGGAAAGCAGGCCGCGUGCCACUUGGAUUCCAUGGGCUUUAAGGUGUUUGCCAGCGUGCUGGACCUGCAGAGCGCUGGCGCCAAGGAGCUCCGGCAGCGCUGCUCGCCGAGCCUCACACUGCUGCAGAUGGACCUGACCAAACCGGAAGAUAUCCGGAAAGCCCAGCAGCUCGUCCAGCCCCAGACGGCGAGGACAGGGCUCUGGGGUUUGGUGAACAACGCGGGCUUCGACGACACCAUCGCUGACGCCGAGCUCUCCCCCCUCUGCAAAUUCCGCACCUGCAUGGACGUGAACUUCUUCGGCACGCUUGAGCUCACCAAAGCGCUGCUGCCCCUGCUCCGCUCCGCCCGGGGCAGGAUUGUGACUGUCAGCAGCCCGGCAGGCGACAUGCCGUACCCUUGUUUAGCAGCGUACGGAGCCUCGAAAGCUGCCCUCACCCUCCUCAUGGACACAUUCCGCAGCGAGCUGGAGCCCUGGGGGGUCAAAGUGAGCGUGAUCCUACCCGGCUACUUCAAAACUGGUACGAGUUGCGACCCUGCCUACUGGCAUGAGAAGAAGGAGCAGCUCCUGGCCAGCCUGCCCGCCGACCUGCUGCAGGCCUACGGGGAGGAGUACAUCCAUGAGAUCAACAAGCAGUUUGUGAAAUUUAUGAAGACUGCAAAUGAGGAUUUGAGUUCAGUGGUGAACAGCAUCACCGACGCCCUCAUCGCUGCCAGUCCGGCGGCACGCUAUUACCCGGGGGUGGGCAUGUGGCUCAUUUACUUCAUCCACCACUAUCUGCCCUCCAUCAUCAGAGACCUCUUCCUGAAAACUUUCUUCAUCAACCAAAAACUGCCCAGGGCCCUGCAGCCAAAGCCACAGAACGGCCUCAAGCACGAAUGACCCUGGCCCGCAGGCUGGGGGGAGCAGGAAGGCGCCCGGAGCUAUUGUAAAGCAGGGACAGGGUGGAGGGAGUCUUCUCGCUUUAUAGUCCUAGGCAUAAACCUCGGUAAAACCAAGAGCGCGUGCGCAUGACGCAGCCGCCGCAUUGUUCUUGGGGGCCGGGCAGGGAUAAUCAGCACUCACCAAUCAAAUUGCUUUCUCUGAAUCAAACGGCUGCAGAUCUGUUUCCUACUGUGUAAGAAUCAAAGUGCUCUAGAGAUCUCGGUUUGUAUUAUUUUUCUAACGGCGUGUGUCUCUCAUGACGAGGCCGCUGGCGAUACGCGGACUAACGGCUGGGUCAUCGGCCCCUCACCCUGUCCUGUACCUCAGUGAUUUUUCUCAGCUGAGUGAAUUUUUCUUUGCUGCUGCUGGGAUGUGAGUGUUAACCUCUCCACUGGCUCUUGACUGGCUCAAGGGUGGUGGCUUUUACCUGUCAAUGGAUCAAACCUGUGUCUGCCUCUCUGUGCAGCUCUUCACACUCCAGCCCAGGACCUGGUGCUCCUCGACGUCAGCCGGGACUGCGGUGGCCAAGUCUUGAGCAGACGCUCUACAGCUCUUCUCACAGGAUGAAUUAUGUGAUUGUCACUUUUUAAAUAAACCGGUUAUUUGUAUUUCA